GCGUGCUCCUAAAUUGUGGGGGAGAAGAGCAAUAUAGUUGAUAACGACGAUUUUUCGUCUGUCAUACCCCGUUCCUUGUUGGUUUUUUAUUUACACGUGUAAUUAAAUAAACAAAAAUGACUAGUGUAAUACACGUGAAUAAUACUAAUGGAAACGCGGUGGGGUCUCCUAGGAAAAAGCUGAGGACUGACAUGGAACGAAAGGUUACCGUUAUAUUAGGGGCACAAUGGGGUGAUGAAGGAAAAGGUAAAGUUGUGGACACGCUUGCUUCUAAUGCCGAUGUGGUUUGCCGAUGUCAGGGCGGUAACAAUGCUGGUCAUACUGUUGUCGCUAAUGGCGUAGAAUAUGAUUUUCAUCUAUUACCGAGCGGUAUUAUAAAUCCAAAAUGUACAUCAGUGAUAGGUAACGGAGUCGUUAUUCAUCUGCCUGGUCUCUUUGAAGAAUUGGAAAAAAAUAUCAAUAAAGGACUGGACGAUUGGCAAAAUAGACUGGUAAUAUCAGAUCGAGCACAUCUAGUAUUUGACUUUCAUCAACAAGUUGACGGAUUUCAAGAGCUAGAGAAGAGUCAAAAAGGUCAAAAACUUGGAACAACUAAAAAAGGUAUCGGUCCGACGUAUUCUUCAAAAGCCACAAGAAACGGAAUUCGAAUUGGCGAGCUGUUAGGAGAUUACUACGAAUUUAGUGAAAAGUUCAAAGCUUUGGUUGCAAUGUAUCAACGUAUGUUCCCUAACCUGUCUGUAGAUGUAGAUUCAGAGCUAGAAAAAUAUAAGGUAUAUGCAGAAAAAAUUAGGCCUUAUGUUAAGGAAACUGUGUGUUACCUGUAUAAAUGUAUUAAGGAGGGACGUAAAGUGUUAGUAGAGGGCGCCAAUGCAGCCAUGCUGGACAUCGAUUUUGGCACCUACCCCUAUGUAACUUCUUCCAACUGUAGUGUAGGUGGAGUGUGCACUGGUUUAGGUAUACCACCAAGUAAAAUAGGUGAGGUUAUUGGUGUGGUAAAAGCGUAUACAACCCGUGUCGGAGAUGGACCUUUUCCUACAGAAUUAGAUAAUGAGGUUGGCGAACAAUUACAACAAAGGGGGCACGAAUUUGGGGUAACCACGAAACGUAAACGGAGAUGCGGAUGGUUAGAUAUUCCAUUGCUUAAGUACACAAAUAUGGUCAACGGUUAUACGGCGCUGUGUCUUACCAAGUUGGACAUUUUGGAUACUUUACCCGAAAUCAAAGUUGGAAUUGGAUAUACCUUACGUGGAGAAAAAAUUGAUUAUUUCCCGUCUAGUAUAUCAGAUCUAUAUAUGGUGGAAGUUGAAUAUGUUACCAUGCCAGGUUGGCUGACGUGUACCGAAAACAUUCGGGAAUUUAAUAGCUUGCCCGCAAACGCUCAACAAUAUGUCGAAAAACUAGAAGAACUUUUAGAAGUGCCAGUAAAAUGGAUCGGUGUGGGAAAAGGGCGAGAAUCAAUUAUAAGUAUAUAAUAUUUAAAUUUAUUAUGGCAAUUGUACUAUUUUAUAAUCACUGUUCAAAACUAGGAUCAAUUUUUUUAAAAUAGAUGAAUGGAUCAACUAUUGCACACUUGAUUAAGCUGAAUUAUAUGUAUUUAUUUUAUAAAAAAAAUUAGUAAAUUUAAUGGAGCUAAAUUGUAGUGAUCAAUUAAGGCGGAGUAACCAAAUCUACCAUUCAUUACACAGCAAUACAAUAUUGUGAAACAAAAGUGUGUAGUAAAAGUUAUAACUAUU